CCUUCCUGUGCCUUGCCUUGCUUUCCGCAGGAGGAUGCGGAGCUGCUUCUUCUGAGUUCUGAUCGCUGACAGAGCAGCUAGCAGCCGACUUCUGAUGGACGCGGCCAUGGCGCUCGCCUUGCUCUUCUUCUGCGUCCUCCUGCUGGCCUCCGGCGCCAUCGCCUUCCUCCUCAUCCGCCACUGCCUCGCGCGAGCACCUCCUCAUCGUCAUCGUCAGGCACAGCCCGAAGCAGCGGCCAAGCAGCUGCAGCAGCAAGCGUUACUAGCCAUCAAGAAGGAGCCGGCACCGCGGCGGCUGGCGUGGCGGGAGGUGGAGGCGCUGACCGGCGGCUUCGACGAGGCCGCCGUGGUAGGCCGCGGCGGCUCCAGCACCGUCUACCUCGCCAGGCUCCUGGACGGCUCGCCCGUCGCCGUCAAGGUGCACCGCUGGUGCGGCGGCGAGCGCCGGCUGCGCGCCUUCCGCCAGGAGCUCGACCUGCUCCGCCGACUCCGACACCCGCACAUCGUCGCGCUCCUCGCCUACUCCGACGACCACGAGGAUGAGGGCGCGCUGGUGCUGGAGUACCUCGGCGGCGGCACGCUGGCGGACGCGCUCCACGGCACGGCGGCGGCCCCGCUGCCGUGGGCGCAGCGCAUGCGCGUCCUCCACGACGUGGCGUGCGCGCUGGAGCACCUGCACGGCGGCGGCGGCGGCGGGGCCUCCGUGGUGCACGGCGACGUGUCGGCGUCCAACGUGCUCCUCUCCGACGGCGGCGUGCGGCUCUGCGACCUGGGCUCCGCCUGCGAGGGCUUCUCGGCGGCCGUGGCGCCGGCGCGCGCCGCCGUGGCGUCGCCGGGCUACGCCGACCCUUUCUUCCUGCGCACGGGCAUCGUGUCCAGCAGGUCCGACGUGUACGGCUUCGGCGUGCUGCUGCUGGAGGCCGUCACGGGCCUGCCGGCGGCGUCCGAGGCCGAGAACCUGACGGCGCGGAUCCUGCCACGCGUCAGGGCGCGCGGGGUGGCGGGGCUCGUCGACGGCAGGCUCGGGGACGGCGGGCACGACGAGGAGGAGGCCGCCGGCGUGGCCAGGCUCGCCGUGGAGUGCGUGGCGGCGCAGCCCGGGCUGCGGCCGUCGAUGGCGCAGGUGCGCGCCGCCAUCGCGGAGAAGGCGGCGAGGUCCAUCGCCAAGGCGGGUUGCGGCCACCAUAUCCAGCUCAGCAAGCUGCUAGAGCUCACAUGAUUUUUAUUUCCUCCAUCGAGAAUUUAGGAUUGUGAAAAAUGGAUCGUGCAUUGCAGAGGAAAGAGGACUUGAUAUUGACCAUGUAAAGAAAAGAUACAUUCAGGUGGUUGGUUGUGGUCG